AUGUUCAGAAGCUGCGUCUUAGUAAUUCUUGGCUUCAGUGUGUCUCGACGAUUCCCGAGGCACACUGAGCAGGGUUAUCGACGGGGCACCGCGCAUGUGCAGAGUUGGCGCCCUAAAGUCUCGCGAGGCCCUACUAACGCCCGUGCGGAGCCCGACCGCUACAGAGGUAAAAGAAUAAAGAUGAAACGCGAAGCGUACGGCGAGGAUGGCCCCGUUCAGAAGCGCCACCGGCAUUCUGAUGAGGAAAUCACCUUCCUUAUUCCGAGUAAGGUGGCGGGCUCAAUAAUUGGGAAAGGGGGAUCCAACAUAUCAAAGUUGAGGAGUCAGUUUAAAGCCUCUAUAACAGUCCCAGAUUGCCUCGGCCCCGAACGUGUACUCACGAUAACAGCGGCGGAUUUGGAUCUCAUUAUGGAUAUCGUGAAGGAAAUUCUACCGAACUUGGCUGAUGCUCAAAGAGGGAACAGUGACGACCUGGACGUCCGUCUACUGAUACAUCAGAGCAGAGCUGGUUGCGUCAUCGGAAAAGCUGGAUCAAAGAUAAAAGAACUGCGAGAGAAAACUGGCGCUCGUCUAAAGAUCUUCUCGAACCCAGCGCCACAGAGCACCGAACGCGUCGUGCAAUUAUUUGGGAGGAGAGAUGCCAUUGCUGCCGGUAUCCGGGAAGUACUCGAACUUAUCAGACAAGUCCCCAUCAGAGGCGCUGUCCAAAACUACGAUCCUCACAACUAUGACGAUUUCUACGCUGAGGAAUACGGUGGCUUUGGCAACGGCCAGGACAGUGCGAGGGGCCCGCCGUCUCGUGGAUCCCGCUCGAUGCCCCCACCGGGGCCCGGCAACAGGGGUCCCCCGCCGCGCGGCGGACCACCCAUGUCACGGAACGGUCCCCCAAUGUCGCGCAACGGACCCCCGCCGAGGCCUUUCAAUGACUUCAACUCUUCGGGACCCCGCGGAAACUUUGGUCCACCGCGAGGCGGGUUCAGUGGUAACCGAGGUGGUGGCAACUUUGGCAGCAACAGCAAUCAGCAAGAGACCACUACACAAGUCACUAUACCUAAAGAUUUAGCCGGUGCAAUAAUUGGUAAAGCUGGUUCCCGCAUCCGCAAGAUUCGCGCUGACAGCGGUGCAGCAAUUGAAAUAGCAGAACCGCUGCCUGGGGCGAACGACCGAGUGAUAACCAUCACAGGCACUCCUCAUCGUAUACAGAUGGCACAGUAUCUGCUGCAGCAGAGUGUCCACGAGAGCAACCCAUCUCUAGGUCGUGGUGGAAACUAUUAA